UAAUUUUUGGUGAGAAAAAAAUCGUACCAUAAAAUCAAGAAAGAAAAAAACGCUCGACAAGGAAACAGAAAAACACGAAAUUCCACGCGUGUGGUGUGUUUGAGAAAAUCGAGCGUCGGCCAGCGGUCGCGACUUGAGCGAGCAAACAUGACAGCAAUGGCGCAGAAUUCCGAACUCGGACUGUUCGUAACGCACGUUGAAACCGAUGGACCGCUGCUCAAGAUAUGGGGUCAGAUCGACCGAAAUGCGGCCACGUGCGUCGAGCGAAUGAUUCUCCCAUUGAGCGAGAAGUUCGACCAAGGCUUAGCGCUUCCAAAUCCCAACUACCCUCUGGCGUCGAACAUGAUAUGCUGUGCUAGGUUCCAGAAUGAGGGCUAUUACCGUGCAAAAAUAUGCAACGUGCAGCCCAACGGCAACGUCCUGGUCCAUUUCAUCGACUACGGGAACUAUGAGGUCCUGCCGCCCACAGCUAUAAGACUGCUCGACAAUAUACCGAGCGUCGUGUCUCUGCACGCACUGCCUCCGCUAGCUCUGGACUUCGUGCUGGCCCACAUCCUUCCCAUCAACGGAACCUGGGAGAGUGAAACAAUAGAGUCGAUAAAGCAGACUCUCCGCUACGCUGACCUUAAGGGAAUUCUGCACUCUGUUGUCGGCUCAAACAGACUGCUUAAGCUUUUCUAUAACAACGAGGACUUCGGCGCGCUAUUGGUGAGCAAAGAAUUAGCCGUUUCUGUAACGAUUCAGGACAUGUUUGCAGCACAUCAGAAAACGACACAACGACGCGUCCCUCAGAUGCCUAGAGAGUCUGUGGCGCCACCUAUGAGCCAAAAUUAUUUGUCUAGGCCACAGCAGAAGACAUACACUGAGUUGUCACCCAGAUCGAAUCCUCCCGUUCAGGAGGACUGGCGAAGCCCGCAACACCGGAUGCCACCUGUGCCUGCGCCUGUGCCUUCUCCUGCCCCUGAGGCCCUAGUCUUCAAGUCGCGAGUUUUGGAUGUCGGUUCCAUGCACGACGUUUAUGUGUCAUUUGUUGAGGACGGACCGAUGAAAUUCUCGGUUCAGGUAAAAAGCACAGCACAAAUCCUCACACAGCUGAUGGCUGAUGUGAAUAACCAUCCUACUGCGCCUCUGCAAGAACCACCGUUACCCGGAUCGGUUUGUCUGGGUCGUUAUUCACUGGAGGGAGUUCUCUGCAGGGCGGUGGUAAUGUCGGUUAUGGAACAGAAAUGCAAGCUUUUCUAUGUCGACUUUGGACACACAGAGGUUUUGUCUUAUUCGGACAUUUUUCAACUGCCGCCUCAGUUCAUACAGCCCAAGGUCCUCUCCAUCAGAUUCACCCUGAGCGGCCUUAAGGAGCUGAUCAUUACUGACGAGGUCAAGGAUUACUUCAAGAAAAUUGUCACUGGAAAACCACUGGUGCUUCAUGUCCGGCCACCAGAAGGACCUCCACUGAUACAGUACGGAGAUUUGUACGAUAACGGAGUUAAUAUCAGGGAUGUUUUGAAAAAAACUUUCGCUAGCUCCGCUCCUGUUGUUUAUCAAGAACCUCCUGUGCUUAAGCAGGGAUUCAAGGACAUGAUUCACGUCUCUUUCGUCGAAUCAUGCACAAAGUUCUUCGUGCAACUCGACAGUGGCAUCAAGUCGCUUAAUUCCAUCAUGGCGUGUUUGGCUGAAUAUGCCUCGAAAGCUCCGCCACUUGACGCAAAAGCUCUUCAAGUUGGUAGACCGUGUUGCGCUUCAUAUAUCGAAGAUAAACAAUGGUACAGAGCGCAGAUUUUAAAUAUUAAUGGAGAACAAGUGACCGUGCUCUAUGUGGAUUAUGGAAAUCAAGAGACAGUAGCUGCGUCUACAUUACGAAAAAUACACGAUGAUUUGGUUGUUAACUUGAGAGCACAGGCCAUCAGCUGCGUACUAAAUGGUUUUCAGUCAACACCCCUCAAUCAGGAACUUGCUGAUCAGUUCGAGUUGCUUGUUCUGGAAAAGAAACUGGCGAUGGAAGUAAUCGAUGUUCUUCCUAACGGUACUCUCGUAGACUUGUACGAUUGUACCGUUGCUCCAAUGGCCAGCAUCGCUUCUCAAAUAAAAGUUCCAAGCCCACCAAGAAGAGCAAUGAGUUCGUCAAAUAACGCGCACAUAGGCAGGGAGCAGGUCGUAAACUCGUCGCAAAGUUUGGAAUCUAACUAUCAAAGUGACGAUCGUAACAGCAAAUGGGGCAAAAGCGGUAAAUCGGACACAUGGGGCCAAGACAUGAGAAGCGGCGAACGGAGCGGCAAAUCCAGGAGGCCACAAUUCGACCAAAACAAUCAUGAAAAAACGUCGAAUAAAAUCGUUAAAGAUGUCGAGAAUGAGCAAAGGCAGCGAGACAGCAAUCGACACAACGGAGAUGAUCGAUUGCAUCAGAACGAAACGCGGAAUAACCAUUUCAACAGAAAUGAACCAGGUGGUGCAAACAGGUUCGAUAGAAAUGACAACAGCGGAUCACGAAGAGGCAGGGGAGGUAAAUUCGGUUCAAGAGACGGGAAUCCGAGGGAUGAUAAUAGGUUUGAAAAAAAUCUUGGCAAAGAUGAUAGUUUUAGUGAUAGAGAUUCAGACAAUUCGUCGAGGGGUAGCAGUCGACGGGGCAACAAAGGAUCCAGAGGCAUUAAAGGAAGAGGAGACAGAGGGUUGCGCAGAGGUGGAGAGAGGAAUCCGCCAAGUGGAAAGUGGAGCGACGGCGAAAGUGACAGAAGUAGUACUAAAAGCAAUCAGAGUACCGGAUUUCGAUCAAGGGAUAGAAAUUCGUCCAACUCAUCCUGGAAGAGUCCUAAGGCCAAUAAAUCAAGCUCCUGGAAUUCUAUGUCUCCAACUUCUCCUGUCAAAGAUACGCCCAGAGGACAGAAGCUCAAAAUUCCACCCCCAAAUAUAACCGUUGGUGCUGUAAAAGAUGUGGAAGUAAUCUACACGAACAGUCCAACGGAUUUUUAUGUUCAGUUGUGUCCAGACAAUGUGGAACUUGACACAGUUAUGGAGAAAAUAGCCCAAAUGUACAAUAAAGGCGGGAAAAUUGUCAAGCGUUUGGAUUUACAGCAAGGACUAUGUUGCGUGGCUCAGUAUUCCAGCGAUUCUAAAUGGUACCGAGCUGUCGUUCAGACAAACAAUGCAGACAGUGCCAGUGUCCAUUUUAUAGAUUACGGCAACACAGAGACAGUCGAACAUGACAAAAUCAAGGAGCUUCAACCAGAUCUUGCAAAAUUAUCCGUACAGGCGGUGCAUUGCAAGCUGUUCGGUGCAACGAAAACAACGUGGUCAGACGAAGAGAUUGACGCUUUUGUUCAAUCUGCGGAAGGAAUUCCGUUGGAAGCUGAGUUCGUUUUGCAGUCUAACGAAGUUUACGAAGUACUACUCAAAUGCACCGGAGACAAUGGCUUGGAACCGAAAUACGUGAACCAACAAUUCUGUGGUAAUCUAGACUUGCAACAGGCUAAAACAGAUGCUAAGAAAAAAACUCGAAACGACAGAAGAAAGCCAGCUCGUGUUACGCCGCAAUACAUUUCAGCAAGUCAAAAGUGGAACGAUGAAUCCUUCGCUGCGGGGUAUCAAGUCGACGUUGUCGUCACAUGGUUCGUUAAUCCGAACAAUUUUUACUGCCAGAUACUUAGCAAGCAGUUGGAGUUUAGGAACAUGAUGAACGAGAUACAAGAUGCUUAUGUCGAUCAACAGCCUAUCAAGAGUACCCUGCAGGUUGGGGCCCCGGUGAUAGCAUUUUUCUCUGAUGACGGAGCUCUGUACCGAGCAGAGAUAAAGGAACUAAAUAAAUUGCGUGGUCACAUAGUGCAAUACAUUGAUUUUGGAAAUUGCGCAAUGGUAGAUCCAUGCAAAAUAUAUCCAGUAGAACAAAGGUUUGCCAAACUUCCUAAGCAAGCUAUGCAUUGCACCCUUAACAAUAUCCUACCGGCGAGCGGAAUCGACUGGUCUAAGGCAAACAAGCACGAAAUCGAUAAAUAUUUCGACGCGGAUAAAUUCAAGUGUACAUUCCAUGGAACCAAGGAGGGCAAAUAUUUGAUAUCCCUGAAUAACAGGGGAAGGGACCUUGCGGAAUCUAUGAUUACCGCAGGUCUUGCUAUCGAUGCCAACCGUGUCACUGAAAAAACAGCCGUCAAUAAUGUUACAUCGACUGAACGAUGCGAACUUAUUCCUGGUGUAGUCAAAGAAGAUCUGGCAUUGUGGAGUGGACAAACGAUUCGAACGAAGGUUUGCAACGUUCAAGGAGCUGCAAAGUUUUACAUCCAACUUCCGCCAUCGAUUGAGUCGCACCAAGCAGUAGACAACCUCAAGAGUUCUACAAACGCUGACCGUCUGGCGGAGUGCUAUCUUCCUAACGUGACUCCUACAUCGCAGAUUGAUGAAAAGCUGAAAAAGUCAUUUGAAGGAAAACAAUUGAUCGUUUGUAUAAACAGCGUAAAUAACCAGAGAUUCGCAGUGCAGUUGUACGACUUAUCAGGCCAAAAGAUCAAGAUACUCGAGGCAGACUCAGACAAUAGCAUCGUCCCUGUAUGUCCGUUACCCGUUUUCGCAUCGACACACAAAGUGUGGGUAAUGCACAUCGACAACGCUGAAAGUAUAUGGCUGCAGAGAUCAACCGAUUUGGACAAUAUUGUCGAGGUGUUGGGCUCGUUGUACGAACAUUACUCAGUCUCUGGUACGCAGCUGGUUCCUGAAGUUGGUAAAUUAUGUGUAGUCAAAUCAAAAGACAACAACUGGUACAGAGCGAUGGUAGAAAGUGUAAAAGACACCGACGUUCUCGUUAGAUUUAUCGACUACGGAAACUGCGAAGAAGUUCCGUGCAACAGAAUAAAAACCCUUGAGCCAGAAUUUUAUGUUCCACAUCAAAUGGCCAUUAAUGUAUCUCUGAUCGUCAGUCUGAAAGGCAAUGAAGAAGAGCAGAAAACGUUGCUUCAUCAACAUUUGGACGACAAGGAGUUCACGGCGAAUUUCUACAACGUGGGAAAAGAAUGGAUUGUCGAACUCACUGAGAACGACAAGAAGAUAAGUCAAGUACUGUCCGAACAAGGAAUGGUUGCAGAAUUCAAGAAAACCGAACCGAAGCAACAAGAGAUACCGGAAAUGAUCGUUGGCAACAAGUACAAAGUUUUCUUGUCGCACUCAGAUUCACCAGCGCAAUUUUGGCUUCAAAGACACGAAGAAAUUGAUGCGAUAGAAGCGAUGCAGGCAAAUUUGCAGCUUGCAGCGCCAAAUUUUUCAUCCCUUGCUGGCAUACCCGAAGAGGGUACUCUGUGUGCGGCACUCUACUCCGUCGACAGUAUGUGGUACCGAGCAGAAGUGUUGGACGCGGACGAGGACAUAACAACAGUACGAUUUAUAGACUACGGUAACACCGAUGUCGUGGACAGCAAUUCGAGCAACAUUAAAGAGCUGCCGCAAAACUUGAAGAGCGUCAAGAAGUACGGUCUCAAAUCAAGGCUCGACCUAAUUCCAACUGGCUCUGAAGACUGGAGCACGGCGAGUUGUGAAAUGUUCGAAACUAUGGCCACGACCACAGAUUCUCCUAUCACAGCGUUGAUCAUUGCAGACAGUGUACCACGGCGAGUUGAAUUGUUUGUCGAUGACAAGAGCAUUGGUGAUGCGUUGGUAAACGAGGGCCACGCGAUCAUGGUUCACAACGCUGAGGAUCUUAUCGACGAGAUUAUUGACCUGGAACUCGAUCCUAGAUCCGCGUUUGUAAGCCACGUAAAUUCGCCAAGUGAAUUUUGGGUCCAGGAAGAGAAGUCUGUGUCUGAUCUUGAGACAAUGACUGACAGGUUCAUCGUUGCAGAAAUGUUUCCAAAGCUCGAAGACAUCGUUGAGGGAAGUUUAUGCGUAGCCAAAUUUCCUGAUGACGAAUUGUGGUACAGAGCUCGCGUCAAGUCGCACGGUCCAGUCGGUACUCAGGUACUUUACAUCGAUUAUGGAAAUUCAGCCGUGUCGACGGAGAUUAGAACGAUCCCCGAAGACCUGGCAGCGGUUCCACCAUUGUCCAGAAAAUGCUGUUUGAAGUUGCCAUCGGGAGUCAAGGAGUGGUCAGCCAACGCCAGUGAAAAAUUUGUCGAACUCGCCGCUGACGGUGCGACGAUAUUUUUACUCGACGUGGUAGAAGAGGGCGAAACUUCGGUUGUAAACCUAAGUCUAGAUGGUGUAAAUGUGGCCGAUCAGUUGACUCAAUACUGCGAAGUCCUGCCUGUGAUAGACGAACGACUUCCACCGCUGGGUGAGGAAAAUUCACCGAAUGUUGUUGUCAGUCAUGUUAAUUCGCCGUCAGAGUUUUGGACUCAGGCCGAGAGCAGUAUCAUCGAGCUGGAGAUUAUGGCUGGGCGUCUACUCGACGCGCAGAGCUUAUUGCCAUUGAACACUUUUGACAAAGGAACCAUUUGCGCGGCCAAAUUCCCAGACGACGGCGAAUGGUACAGGUCGAAAAUAUUGUCUCACAGCGAAGGAGUCGGCACCACUGUGCUGUACUUUGAUUACGGCAAUUCUGCCCUGACCACGGAACUGAGGAUACUGCCGGAAGAUGUUGCCAAAAUCCCUAGCCUGGCCACCAGAUGCACUCUUGCAUUACCAAAUGACGUCGAGAGCUGGUCUAAAGAGGCUUGCGAAAAGUUCAAUGAAUUAGUGGCGGAUGGCGUCACGAUGUUCCAGUUUGAGCUGCUUGAUAAUAACGAUCCGACGCUAAUUUCCCUCCAAUUAGAAGGCAAUGAUGUUGUGAAUAUCUUGAAGCCGUUGUGCACCAAAAAAGUUUGCAGCGAAAACAAGGCAACUACUGAUUCUGAAAUUGCCAAGGUAAUCGAAACUACAGAAAAAGAUAAAAGUGAGGUUACUGACUCUGGAGAUCGGAACUAUGUAGAGAUUAUCGAAUCUGUAAUUACUGACACUGAAGCGGCAAAGACAGACAAAAACAUCGAAAAUGAUCAAGACGAGGUACAAAUUAUCAAAACGAUAUUUACUGAUUCUGAAACUGCGAAGGUGAUCCACACCAGCGAAAAAAAAGAGAAUGAGGUAGAAAUGAUCAAAACUCUAGAAAAUGGAAAUGAAGUGAUCAAGGAGGAAAGUAUUAGUUGUAAGAUAGAGGCUGACGAAGUUCAGAUUAAUCGUGAUACCUGCCAAGGUGAGAUAAUUCAGACUGAUAAAUUAGAAACUGCUGUUACUUCCGACAGUAACGAAGCUCAGGAUGUUCCGAUUAAUGGCUCAAAAGAUCUCAGCGAGAUUGAACAGCCUCAGACUGAUAAAUCCAUUGCAUUGGAAGUAGAAAAUAUUCAAGCCGAUGUUCGCGAAGCUCAACAACCUCCAGUUGAUAUUUUUGAUGUCCCUAAAGCCUCAGCACCUGCUCUGACCGAUAGUUCAGAUGCCUUAAAGAUUGAACAAAUUACCGAUACGAGCAGCGUUACUGUUAAAAGCGAAAUAUUGGAGGAAGAAGAAAAAUCAACAGCUUUAACCACAGAAGAAAAAACAGAGCAGUUUAGUUCCAACUUACUGGCACCUAAACUUGAUCCCAAUUUAGAAGAACGCGAGGCAAAUGCUGAAACCGAAGAUACUGUUGACGUUACAAAAAGCUCGGCUAAUCUAGAAGUAGAUCAUUUCGACGCACCUGUUUUACCCAGUAGCAUUGUGGAAAGUAGUUCUGAGGUAACGAUAACAGAAAGUCAAGUAACUGAAGAGGCAGUAAUCAAUGGAACUGUAGAAUAUCGUAAGGUGAAAGAAGAACAGAACGAUGCUGUUAUCGAGGAAACAGGUGAGGAAAGUGUACCUGAUAGGAUAACCGAAGCUGAAUCAGUUCCUGCAGAGAUAGAGGAGCAAGCACAACCAACCCAUGACGCCUCAAUGGACAGCGACAUCGUUACACCUAAGAAAACGCCAAAGAUUGACAAAAUUGUUCCUGGGAGUGUAUCAAGGGGAUCAAUGGAGGACGAUAUUCCUGUGAGCAUGCUCAGCCAACGUCGAUCGAGUUGUACGGAUGACAAAAUUGUACCCGGUAGUAUCAACAAAGGGAAUGAUCUGAGCAGGGCUGAAUCGGUAGAUUCUCUACAUCAAGAAAUAGUAGAUGCUGUUUCCGCUGUGAAAAAAGUUGAAGUGCAAGAGGAAACUGCUCCGGUUACACCCGGAAAAACUCUGUUGGAGGACAAAAUUGUACCUGGAAGUAUAUCCAGAGGCGAAUCUCCGAGCAUCGAACAAAAUCGACCAGUAACUCCGAAGACUCCUCACUCUGAGAAGUUGCUGGCUGGCGUUGUGAAUCUGCAAGAAAACUUAUCGGAUUUCGAUGAACAAGAUGAAAUACUUACCGUCGAAGUAGAGAACAACAUUCCUAAGUACAGAUUAUAGCUUACAUAAUAUUUCCCAGUUACAGACGGAGCGCGAACUUGUAUGAAAAUAACGAAUAAUAAUAAUAAUAAUAUUAUAUUAAUGAAAGGAAAGGUCUGCAUAUUGUUAAGACAUUGUACGAUGAGUUCAAUGCAUAGCUAUUAGCAAUGAUACUUAUUAUAAAUUUCUAUUCUAUUAAUUAACAUAAGGAUAAUUGACGAUUAAUAUGUUAAGCAGUAAUAAUACUGUAGUAAACUGUGUUACAGACACUCUUUGCAACAGAUGCCAAAGAUUUCUUGUUGCUGAUCCAAUAAUUUCUUGUUUUCUAAUUUCACGUUGAAUAAAAAUAAUAUAAUAAUAAAAAUAAUACUGUUAACCAAACGGGAUAAAGAAAUAUUGAUGUAAUUACAUUUUCGUUUUUAUUUCGGA